AGUUCUUUCCAUAGCAUGGGGAUUCUGCUCCCAUCCACCGCCAUCCAUGGUUGGUCACGAGGAGAUGAAUUCUAACCUUUUAGGCAGACAUGGUUUCCUUUGAAAGGUGGAAACACUCCUGAAGCCAACUCCAAUGGCCACCAAGAUCUUUGACCUCAUGCGCAAACUUGGCUUGGGGCUGGUAGCUGCUGGUGGAGUGGCCAACCUGACUCUUUAUAACGUGGAUGCAGGCCACAGAGCGGUCAUCUUUGACCGAUUCCGAGGUGUCCAGGACGUGGUGGUAGGAGAAGGGACCCAUUUUCUCAUCCCUUGGGUGCAGAAACCCAUCAUUUUUGACUGCCGUUCUCGCCCACGCAACUUCCCUGUAACCACCGGGAGCAAAGAUCUCCAGAACGUAGACGUCACACUUCGCCUGUUGUUCAGACCAGCAAUGUUACAGCUUCCCCGGAUUUACACGACCAUUGGGGAGGACUAUGAUGAGCGAGUGUUACCGUCCAUCGCAAUGGAGAGCCUGAAGUCCAUCGUGGCCCGUUUUGACUCCGAGGAGUUGAUCACCCAGAGGGAGCUGGUCUCAGGGCAACUGAGCGCUGACCUCACCGAAAGAGCCGCAACCUUUGGGAUCAUCCUGGAUGAUGUUUCCUUGACGCACCUGACUUUUGGGAAGGAGUUUUUGGCGGCCGUGGAGAUGAAGCAAGUGGCCCAGCAAGAAGCGGAGCGGGCCAGGUUCAUGGUGGAAAAGGCAGAGCACGAGAAGAAAGCCACCAUCAUUGCCACCGAGGGAGACUCAAAGGCAGCGGAGCUCAUUGCAGGGGCCCUGAUUUCAGUGGGAGAUGGGCUGGUAGAACUGCGUAAGCUUGAAGCAGCUGAAGACAUCGCUGCUCAACUCUCGCAGUCCCGCAAUGUCACCUACUUGCCACUUGGACAGGCAAAGUUUCUUCCCCCAUCCCAAUAAGCCUCCUUCCUCCUUACCUGUUCCCAUUUUUCAUCACUAGCUAAA